AAUAAGUUUAGUUUUGGUUGAGUUGAGCAAAGAGAGAGAGGGAGAGAGAGAUGGGGUGGGAAAAAGCAAUUGUGUUGGUGAUGAUUCUCCAAUUAGCUAACAUCAACCCUUUGUUGCCACAAAGAGUAGCUGCAGCAGCAGAUUUUCUCUCUCCUCUCUUUGCCCCUGUCUUGAAUGAGACAUGUAGCCACGUGGCUUGUGGGAAGGGCACGUGCGAGGCAUCAACCAAUGACACGCUUGGGUUUAUUUGCAAGUGCAAUCCCGGGUGGUCCCAAUACUUCGUCCAAGAUGAGCUCCGUUUCCUUCCUUGUGUCAUCCCCAAUUGUAGCAUCAAUUACUCCUGCUCCAAGAUAUCAACUGCUCCAGCUCCCUCCCCCUCACCACCUUCAGCCAACUUCUCAAUUUUUGAUCCAUGCUUGUGGGCUUAUUGCGGAGGAGGCAAAUGCGUAAAUGCGUCGUAUUUCGACUACAAAUGUGAAUGUGAUGAGGGUUACUACAACCUCUUCAACAGCACCUCGUACCCUUGUUACAGAGAAUGUUCUCUUGGAGCAAGCUGUUCGGACUUAGGAAUCUCUAUGACAAAUUCUUCUUAUUCUUCUCCACCUGCACCGUCUAGUCUCUCUGAUAUUAGUAAAUCAUCUAGUGGAGAUUCCUUUUCAUCAAAUAAUUUGCUGGGGAUUCUCAUAAUGAUGUUGAUCAUCAUGAUUCAAGCAAUAUGAUGUCUACAAAUUAACUUGAGCGAUUUUUUUUUUUUUUUUUUGUGAGCAUAUAAUUUU